GAGUUAUUCCCAACACCUUUCUGUUUCUCCACUCCCCAUCCACUGAAAAGUACUCUUUGCAACGCCACCGAUUCACAAUUUCACCACGCCGGAAACCACCGCGCGAGGCGAACCUUCCACCACGGCCAUGACGGCGGCCAAGUCCGCCCAACCACCACCACCUUCCUCCUCCUCCCCCAUCAACCUCUCCCUCCGCGGAUCUCUCCUCGCUCUCGCAACCCUAACCCUAAUCUCCUUCACCUACCUUUCUCUCAAUUCCCUCCACUUCCCUCUCCAAUCCUCCUCCUCCACUCCCCCUCCCACCCUCCUCUCAUCCAAGGUUCUGGAAGAAAGUGAUUUGGAGCAACUUUCGGAUGUGUAUCAUUCGGCGGAGGUAUUUAGCCUGAAUUAUGCUGAAAUGGAGAGGAGAUUCAAGGUGUAUAUAUAUCCCGACGGAGACCCCAAUACUUUCUACCAGACGCCGAGGAAGUUGACGGGGAAGUACGCGAGCGAGGGAUACUUUUUUCAGAAUAUCAGGGAGUCUGGGUUCCGAACGGAGGAUCCGGAUCGGGCUGACCUCUUCUUUAUCCCUAUCUCGUGCCACAAGAUGAGAGGGAAGGGCACAUCCUAUGAAAACAUGACAGUUAUUGUCCAAAAUUAUGUGGAGAGCUUAAUAUCCAAGUAUCCUUACUGGAAUAGAACACUGGGUGCAGAUCAUUUCUUCGUUACUUGUCAUGAUGUUGGUGUAAGGGCAACUGAAGGACUUCCACUUCUUGUAAAGAAUUCGAUUCGAGUCGUGUGCUCCCCAAGCUAUGAUGUUGGAUUUAUUCCACACAAAGAUGUUGCUCUCCCUCAAGUGCUGCAGCCGUUCGCUCUUCCAGCUGGGGGAAAUGAUGUGGAAAACAGGACAAGUCUAGGUUUUUGGGCAGGCCAUAGGAACUCCAAAAUCAGAGUUAUACUCGCACGAGUAUGGGAAAAUGAUACCGAACUUGAUAUCGCAAACAACAGAAUAAACAGGGCCACUGGACAUCUGGUAUACCAAAAGAAAUUUUAUAGGACUAAGUUCUGUAUAUGUCCUGGUGGUUCUCAGGUCAACAGUGCUCGAAUAACUGAUUCAAUCCAUUAUGGUUGCAUUCCUGUGAUAUUGUCUAAUUAUUAUGACCUUCCAUUCAAUGACAUUCUCGAUUGGCGAAAAUUUUCGGUCAUACUCAAGGAGAAUGAUGUGUAUCGGCUAAAGCAAAUAUUGAAGGACAUAUCUAACUCGGAAUUUGUUGCUUUGCACGAGAACCUUGUUAAGGUCCAGAAACACUUCCAGUGGAAUUCACCUCCUGUCAAAUACGAUGCUUUCCAUAUGGUGAUGUAUGACCUCUGGUUACGCCACCAUGUGAUCAAAUACUGACUGCAAAUGCAUAUAACCCUAAACCCUGUACAUUACUACGUUCAGUUGUUUUCUUUUUCCUCACAAUCCCCACUUUUGAGUGAUAGCAAAUUUAUACUGGUCAUUUAUUGUUCUUUUUAUCUAUCCAUGCUCUUUCUUCCCUUA